AUGUCGACGGCAUCAUCAAAGGAAAAUUCUCUCCCCUCCGACGUCGCAGUGGCCGAAGCUUCAGCCUCAAAAAGCGCCGUUGUCGAACAUCCAAAGGCCGAUGCAGAUGCUGUCGCAAAGGCCGAAGAUCAUAUAAUCCCGCCUGCAAUCCAGCCACUUCAAUUGAGUGACGAACCCUCUGAUGCUGCUCCUCACACAGAACCGGAGUUGAUACCUCCCGUAUAUAUCACAGGAUGGAGGCUCUACGCCAUCAUAUCCGGAUUGUGCAUGUCGCUCUUCUUGUCCACGCUUGAGACCACCAUCGUUAGCACGUCACUUGUCUCCAUUACCAACGCUUUACACGGGUUUGAGCAGCGGGAUUGGAUCGUCACCUCGUAUCUGCUUACUUACACUGGAUUUCUCAUCAUAUUCGCCAAGUUCAGUGACGUGCUAGGCAGAAAAUUCGUCGUUCUCCUGUCUUUGGCCAUCUUCACGAUAUUUUCCAUCGUGUGCGGUGUAAUAUCGUCCAUGGUACAGCUUAUCAUCUUCCGUGCCUUUCAGGGAGUCGGAGCGUCUGGCAUAUAUGCCAUGGUCAAUGUGAUUAACCCUGAACUGGUUCCGUCCGACAAAUGGGGCAAUAUCGUCGCUGGCACCUCGCUUGUUCUCGUCUUCAGCUCCGUGCUAGGCCCAGUCCUAGGAGGCGUAAUCAACGACCACUCGAGUUGGCGAUGGGUCUUUUUACUCAAUGCGCCGACGGGCGCUUUUGCAACCGCUCUCCUCGCGUUCCUUUUGCCGUCCAAUUUUCCGCACCAGGGCCGCGGGGUAAAUCAGCCAAGCACGCGGGACAAGUUCAGCGGAGCCGCAAUCGCCAGGCUAGACUUUGUAGGAGCCGCCGUGCUGCUCGCAGCAUCAAUCCUUCUCGUCUUUGGCUUCGAGGAGGCCGGCUCAAGAUAUCCGUGGAACAGCUCCAUCGUCAUUUCUACGAUUGUUUGCGGAGGCAGUCUCUUUUUGGCCUUCAUUGCAUGUGAGUACGUGGUUGGCAAGCCAAAGUAUCCACAAGAGCCCGUAUUCCCUCUGCGGCUGUUGAAGGAUCGACACUUUGUUGGCCUGUUUUUGACCGCCUUCUUCACCGGCCUGCCGUUCAUGACCGCCUUGAUCAACCUCCCGCAGCGCUUCCAAGCCGUCCACGGAUUGACUCCCUUUGCUGCGGGCGUCCAUACGCUCCCUCUCCUCCUCAGCUCUCCACUUGCCGCCGCAGUGUCUGGCCCGUUGACCACCAAGAUGGACGUGCCGCCUUUCUAUCUGUUGCUAUUUGGGGCGUGCAUGCAGAUUCUGGGCGUGGGCCUCGCUAGCUCCGUAACUCCUGAUAGAUUGAGAGACUUGCUGGGGUUCGAAGCGAUCAUGGGCUUUGGCUUUGGUAUGACACUGGUGACGGUCCUCAUCUAUGUCCCUUUCCUGGUUGACCGGCGGGACCUUGCCGUUUCAAUGGGAGCCGUAACACAGUUUCGGACAUUGGGGGGCACCAUUGGCUUGGCCGUGGGGGCGACCAUUCUCAACAACCACCUCUCAUCCAGUCUCCCAAACUACCUCACCCCCUCAGAGAUGCAAUCCAUUUCCGAUUCGGUUCAAUUCAUAGACAGUCUACCAGCCCCCACACGGACUGCCGUUCGAUCCGUGUUCAGCGAGGGUUACAACGAGCAGCUCCGUACCAUGCUCUACUUUAGCGUCGCCGUUCUCGUCUCCUUGACACUCAUGUGGGAUCGAAACCUUAAACGGGCCCGUGACAUGAAGGGGUAUUGA